UCUUCCGCUUUCCAGGUCAAAACAACUCUUUGUCCGACACUAACCACGUUUGCUGAAGAAUGGUGUGUUCUCUACCAAAAUUUCAUAUGUUUUGAGGAAUUAUGGCGACAGCUGGUGGUGGUAGAGGAAAUUCAGAUUACGUUGUGUCUGUUAAUUCAACUCAGGACGCACAACCCUCACCCCUUGCGAUGCUGGCGGCGACUUGUAGCAAAAUCGGAUCGCCCGCCCAAACCGAUGAAGGGUAUGGCCAAGGAGGGGAUUCCGGCGUGAGGAUGAUUGGGGCGGGGCAAGGUGGUGCCGCUGGGACUUCCUCAGAUGCAAUUGCAGGUUGGAUUCAGUUAUCAAACGGUACGAUUGUUGACUCGACUGGAAAACCUGUAGUCAACGCAGGAAAUGUCAUACAGCAAGCAACAGCUUUGACGAACAAUGUGGGCGGUCAACUAUUUGCGCAAGGUCAACAGAUUAUCGCCACGCCUGGCCCUAAUGGUCAGAUGACUUACAGUGUUUUACCGUCGUAUCAGACAGUGAACAUUGAUGGUCAAGAUGCGUUUAUCAUCCCCUCAUCGGUGGGUGGUGGCGGUCAGACUCAAGUCCCUGCGUCCAACAACGUUCAAGCAGCUCAGCAGACAUUGAUCACACCGACGGGACAAAUUAUCCGUGCACAGGGGCUCCCAGCGCAGGCAGCAAGUGCUAAUCUGUUUCAAAACGUUGCAGGGUUUGGGGGGUUGGGGAAUCUAGUCAAUAUAGGAGGUAACAUUGUCAACUUGGGGGGUGUUCAGAACGCAGUUCGUCCCAACAGUAACAUCAUGCAAGCAGUGCAGAUCCCUGGCUUUCAAGCACUUCAGCAAAUGCCCAAUUUGAUCCAAGUCCCCGUCUCUAUGAACGGACAAACGGUACUACAAACUAUCCAACUCCCAGCCCAGAACAUUCCCAUCCAAACCCCUCUCCAACAGGUCAGUGGGAAUGGUGUUGUUGCUAUUGGAGCGAAUCCUCAGAAUCUCCAAACAUUAAUGGCGACUCAGACCCAGGCACAAGUCCAGCCUGCCCCCCAAGCUACCGCUGCUGCUCAACCAGAAGAGUCGCAGUCACACUUGCAAAGCCAGGCUCACAACCAAGCUCUUAAAAUGGAAUCCAAGCCGUCUUUAGGACAACUCAACAUUAGCCACAACACCACGAACGUGUCGAAUGCUGCUGCUACCCAGUCGACCAAAGCCGCUGGGAUGGCCUUGGCCAACGCCUCCAACGCGAGUGCCGUUCAGACGUUGAGUGUGAUCAACACGCCACAGGGACAGGUGAUACUGUCCCCACCCGCCAACCCCGUGCAGGUGUCGCAGUCCCUCCCCACCCUGACCGUCCCGUCCUACCCACAAACCAUCACCGCCAACGCCUCAUCGUCUGCCACCACCACCACCACGUCCACGGCCACACAGAACACGCCCGCCCUGCACAACAUCCUGGCCCAGCAACAGCUCCUGCAAGGGAUGACCAACGGACAGAACCUGGGCGGGAUCCAGCUGACCAACCAAGGACAGAUCAACUGGUUACAGCAAGCGCUGAAUAUGCAAGCGCCGAGGUCAUCGGGGGUUCAAGCCCUCCAGGUGCAAAACUUGCAAGGUCUGCAAAACAUCCAGACGUUUCCUGCCCUACAAGGUCUCCAGGGGCUUCAAGGCCUACAGGCUUUAACGCCUCAAGGACAGCUGAUCAACGGGGCGUCUGUGCCCAACCUGGGAGCUGUGGCCAUCGGCGCGGGCGGAGCUAUCAGUGCCAUACCCCUGAGUGGUCAGUCGGGGACGGUACAGGCAGGGAGCAGUGCCGUCAAUGCUCAGGGAGUGCUCACUCAGAUCCAGCAAGACCCGAACGACCCCACCAAGUGGCAGAUAGUGAGCAACAGUGCCCAGGCCACGCCUUCUUUGCCCGCCACCGGCUCUCUGCCUGUCGUCUCGUCUGGCCCCGCCUCCUCCAGCUCUGAGAGCACGCCCACUGGGCGGAGACUGCGGAGAGUGGCGUGUACUUGUCCCAACUGCACCUCCACCGAGAAAGUGACCGGCGAGAACAAAAAGAAGCAGCACAUCUGCCACAUACAAGGCUGUGGGAAAGUCUACGGGAAGACGAGUCACUUGAGAGCUCAUCUCAGGUGGCACUCCGGAGACCGCCCGUUUGUGUGUAGCUGGCUGUUCUGUGGUAAGCGCUUCACGAGGUCGGAUGAGUUACAGCGACAUAAAAGAACUCAUACAGGAGACAAAAAGUUUCAGUGUCCCGAGUGCAGUAAACGAUUCAUGCGAAGCGAUCAUCUGUCCAAGCACAUCCGCACACACAACAGCAAGAGACAGCUGCUGGGAGACGCUGUGUCCAGUACUCAAGGUCUGGACAUGGAGCAUGGGAUGGACGGGGAAGACGAUGACGAACAAGAUGGGUGCAUGAUCGACGAAGAGACGAAAAUCUACCGCACGGCCAUGUCAGAAGAUGAAGAAGACGACCCAGACCACAGCGGGAAUGUCAAGCUGGAAUCUCUCGUUGUUUGAAGUCCCCUCUCUUUGUGUGAUAGUCAUAGAGAUCACUUCAUCGUUAUUUUACCCCUGAUCAUUCCCAUUCCCCCCGUUUGUGGGUGGUUGGCAGGAGCUCUGGUCUGGUUUGCUCCUUCUUUCCUAUCAAACAUCUAUCGUCU